UCAUAUCACUGACCGUGGUAUAGAAGUGAUCAAAAUACUUUAAAAAGUUUUCAUAGAAUGUUCAAUAAUUUAAAAAGUUAGGUUUAGUCUCAAAGAGCCAUGAUUUUCUAAAUGAAAAUGAUAAUUCCUUGUUCGAAUCGGAAAACGGAAUGCAUUUUCGGAUUCUUUGGACAAUUUUCCACUAGGGGAAAUUUGUAAGUAAAUAAAAAUAUAUGUGUUUUUGAAACACAUUUCAAAAAUAUCUUCAAAUUUAAAGGCAUUUUCGGUAGGACACAAAUGAACAGCAAAUGAAACAUAAAUCGAUAUAAUUACAAUUAAAACUCUGGUUUUUUAACAAGUUUACCUAAAAUUUAUGCAAUGAUGUUUGGUACAUCAAAUACAAUUUGUACACGUUGAGCCUAUUUUUUAUUGCGGAGCGAGGUGGGACAGCUAGGAUCAAGUCAGUCCAAGUUCAAGUUGGUACACGUUGAGUCUGAUUUUUACAAAGAGAAAAUUUCUGAUUCAUUCAUCAUUCAUAUUAAAAAAAAAAAAAAGAAUGAAUGCAUAACAUUACGAUUUAAAGUUAACAUUAGCUAAUAAAAAGCCUAACCAUGUUUGAAUAGUAAAUAAAAAACUUCCGGUGUAUUUAUAAAUUCCUAAUAAUUUUCUAUGCAGUAAGUGUGUUCAAUAGCUGUUGUUCUAUAUGGCUUUUGUAGACCAUCGCUUUCAUCGUUGUUGAAGUAAUCUUGUGAUCAUUUUUCGUAGCUUUCCCUUGUUUAGCGUGUUGUGCGUAUUUCUAGAGCUUUGGACGCCCAUCACCACCAUCACCCACAACGGUCGCAACGGAGCUGGCUAAAGCCGUUCGAACACUCCCACUUUCAGAAGCUUGCCUGUUCGCCGGAAGUGGACAAGGACGACAUGAAGCACACGCUGGAGGCCGCCAUCAAGGCCAACGGGUUAGAGACGGAAAUUCGCAACGUGAUCUACCACUUGAUCCGCAACUCGCUCAAACCCGAACCGAAGGCUUCCGCUCCGUCGUCGGAUCCGUUGAACUAUCUGCGCCGAGCCGGGAUCCAGUGGGAACGAAGAGUGCGCAAGUCGUUGAACUCGAUGUGUUCGGAGUCGAAGGCCCAACUGCAGGGCCAGAUGCGCAUCGUGACGGACCGCGAGGACAUCCUGGCCAAGUGGGAUGAGUUGAGCAACUAUCAGAUCGAUUUGACCAACUACAGGCCGGUUUACGCGCCGAAGGACUUGCUGGACGUGCUGUUGUCGCUCAAGGGCCCCGUCAAACAGGACGAAACUGAGUACAGAAAAUUCUUCCGCUUUUCGCCCCAGAUGGUCGCGAGCCAACUUAAAGUAAUCAAAUCGUUUUUCAGCUUUCUGCCCAAGUGGGAGUUCUCGCACAUUUCGUUGACGGUCAAGAAUCUGUUCGAGCUGCGGGUGCACUUUUCCGAACUGCUGCGGAACGAUAACACGGGUGGCGGCGCCCACGACUGGCCGGUCACGUGUCAGAAGAUCCUGAAGACACGGCACGCGCCACUCUGCCAGCAGGCGCUGAAGAAGGGCAUCACGCCGCCACCGUUGCGAGGACCACUGUGGGCGUACGUGCUGGGCAGUCAAGUGGAAGCGCAUCACACUGAGCAUUGGGAGAAUCUAAAGCAAUCGGUGCUCACCACGGAGUCGAUUGUGGACAAAUUGGUGUUUAAGGACGUCCAGCUGACGGCAACGAAUGACGAUCGCUACUUUGUGUUUGAGGACGUUCUUUAUCAGAUUAUGCUCUGCUUCAGCCGCGACGACGAAAUCAGCCACAUGAUCCAGACGGAGUUUACCAACUCGGCCAAGCUGAAGCAGUACGAGGGACCGGCGUGCGGUUUUGUUCCCUUCCACGGCAUUUGCAUGCUGGCGGCGCCGUUUUGCUAUCUGUACGACAACCCCGUUUCGCUGUACUUUACCUUUAGAGCGUUUUACGUGCGUUACUGCCAUCGGUUGACCACGAUCAACACGCACCCCCAGGGCAUCGUCAGUUUAUGUUUGCUGUUCGAGAAGCUGCUACAGACGCACGAACCCCAGCUGUGGUCGCACUUUCGCGAGCUGCAGAUUCAACCCAUCCGCGUAGUUUUUAAGUGGUUAAUGCGUGCCUUCAGCGGUCAUCUGCCACCCGAGCAGUUGCUCAUCCUGUGGGACCUCAUCCUCGGGUACGACAGCUUGGAGAUCCUGUCGCUGCUCGCGCUCAUCAUCCUGAGCUUCCGGCGUGAAAGCCUGAUGCAGGUCGUCACGCUGGAGAAUAUUGAGGCGAUUCUGUCGGAUUUGUCGUCGGUGAAGGUGCUUCCGUUGAUACAGCUGACGCUGUCGCGGGACUGAGUGUUGCGGAACCUUUUCAUGCUCGAGAACGAUUGAUGGUCGUGGAAAGGGGCCGCAUAACAAUAACUCUGUUUAGUGCAAUAACUAUUUUGUAAAUUCUCGUUGGAAUAGCUCCCGUUUUGUGUUAGUUUGUAGCGUCGAUUUGAACGUAGUAAAAUUUAGUAAUUUCUUGCAAUAAAUGAAUAUUAUAGCGAAUUUCAACCUGCAAUAA